GCGGAGACUUGUGCGGUAACAACCGGGUGACAGGCCGAGUGUACUGCGAAUAACGGAAUAAAGAGCGGCAUCGGCGGAGACAUGAGGCGGAGACAAGGCGGAGGGCGAGGGGCGGGCACCGGACAAGCAGGUGAAUAAAGUGUGUGCUGAUCAGCUUUGUCUUCAAAUGGAGAGGUAAAUUGCCGGGAUUUCAGCAGAUGUGAACAGCGGCAUCUGAUUAGCUUCCAGGUGCUUUGAUUUAUCACAUGGGACUGUAGGCUGUCCUCCGGGGCAUGUACUGUGAUUAUCUGACAUGGGGAGCAAUCGGAUUCCACUUUCACCAUCUCUGCGUGGGAUUUCUAAUGAAUCUGUUAACAGGAUCUUGCUGUGAGACAUGGAUCGAUGUAAACAUGUGGGACGCUUGCGCUUAUCCCAAGACCACUCAAUAUUAAAUCCACAGAAAUGGCGCUGUGUGGAUUGUGAUACUAGAGAAUCCAUAUGGGCCUGUCUCAAGUGUUCCCAUGUGGCCUGUGGACGUUACAUUGAAGAGCAUGCGUUGCGCCACUUCCAAGAGAGCAGACACCCUUUGGUUAUGGAGGUGCAUGAGCUUUAUGUCUUCUGCUAUUUGUGCCAGGACUAUGUAUUAAAUGAUAACCCAGAGGGUGACCUAAAGCUACUGAGAAGUGCGCUGUCUGCUGUGCGGAGUCCAAAGCAGGAAACAUCCAGCCGAAGAAGUUUGCGUUCACAAACCACAGCUUUUGAGGGGUCUUAUAGCCUUAAGUCACAAGGGCAACCAUUGAUGCUCACAGCACUGCGGCAUCGACGCCAUACACUGCUAGCAAAAGCGCUCAGGCAAUGGUUUGAAAAAAGCUCAAAGGGCCAGCUUAAACUGGAGGAAAAGAGACAGAAAGCUGAGCUAGAGCGGAAGAAAGAAGAAGCUAGGCUAAAGCGGCAAGAAGUGAAACGGCGUCUUCUUGAAGAGCUAGCAAACACCCCUCCAAGGAAAAGUGCCCGUCUGUUAUCGCACGCACACAGGGAUAGCCUUAUUCCCCGUAAAUUCAGGGACAUGACAACCAGCAGUCCAGCUUCAAGAAAAGAGGCUCAAAGGCGCUUUAAUCAGCUAUACUCCAUACGGCCCAAUGUGACCCCUGGAGUUACAGGACUUCGCAAUCUUGGAAACACCUGUUAUAUGAACUCCAUACUACAGGUACUGAGUCACCUGCAGAAGUUUAGGGAAUGCUUCCUUACCUUGGAUCCCUGUGAGAAAGAGGAACUUUUGGGAAAAGGCACCAAUGGCAAGCACUGUAUGGGUGAUAGUGGAGCACAGUGCCCAUCUGGGGGCCUUAAAUUAAAUGGGGGGUCAUCGCUUAAGAAAAACCUGGAGCUAAUUCAAGCCAAGGAACCCAGCACCAAGCAGCUCUCCCUUUGCCAUGAACUGCACACCUUAUUUCGAGUUAUGUGGUCAGGGAAAUGGGCGCUGGUUUCGCCCUUUGCCAUGCUGCACUCAGUUUGGAACCUAAUUCCAGCCUUUAGGGGAUAUGACCAGCAAGAUGCUCAGGAGUUCUUGUGUGAGCUUCUGGAUAAGGUGCAACAGGAACUGGAGUCUGAGGGCAGCAAACACAGAAUACUUAUCCCCAUUUCCCAGCGGAAGCUCACCAAACAGGUGUUAAAGGUAGUGAACACAAUAUUCCAUGGGCAACUGCUUAGUCAGGUUACAUGUCUGACAUGCAGUUAUAAGUCUGACACAGUGGAACCUUUCUGGGAUUUGUCACUGGAAUUCCCUGAGCGUUAUCACAGCCUAGAAAAGGGGAUUGCUCCAGUCACUACUACUGAGUGCACUGUUACGGAAAUGUUAUCCAAGUUUACAGAAACUGAGGCCUUGGAAGGAAGAAUUUAUGCUUGUGACCAGUGUAAUAGUCGGAGACGAAAGUCCUCUCCAAAGCCCCUUGUGCUCAGUGAGGCCAAGAAGCAACUUAUGAUAUUCAGACUACCUCAGGUUCUGCGGCUGCACCUUAAGCGUUUCAGGUGGUCUGGCCGUAAUCACCGUGAGAAAAUUGGAGUUCAUGUGUUUUUUGACCAAAUUCUUAACAUGGAGCCAUAUUGUAGAGGUGCACUGUCUCCCUCAGAUCCUGGGACUUAUCUUUAUGACCUUUCUGCAGUGGUGAUGCAUCAUGGUAAAGGAUUUGGUUCUGGCCACUACACAGCAUAUUGCUACAACACAGAGGGUGGGUUCUGGGUUCAUUGUAAUGACUCCAAACUGAACAUGUGCUCUGUUGAGGAGGUGUGCAGGACACAAGCAUACAUCCUUUUCUACACCCAGAGGAGUAAGCCACAGAGUGGAGUACAAAACGGCAACAAGCCGAGUGAUGCAGGAAUUCCUGAUCUCUUUUUUCCACCUCAGGCUCCAACCAGUACAGAGGAGAGCAACAUGCAGAUAAUCAUACCCUGACACCACUAGCACUAUAAAAAUUCCUGGCUUUUUUUAUUUUAUUUUUGGGGGGUGGGGGGUGUUUUUAAAUAUGUAGACUGGUUCUUAGCUGUGUUUUUUAUCAUCUUGUAAGAGUAGCACCAGAAGACUUACAGUGUGACCAGUAGGUCCUCCUAUAGGAACUUGGCAUAUGGCUCCCAUGUGUGUCUGCAUGGCAGGGAAAUGGCACCAUCCUUCAAACUGUCUUUAGAGCAGAGUUUAUUUCUAAAGAUCUAGGGUUGUUUAACUUUGUAUUGUUAAAUCUUGCUUUUUUUAUCCCUAGAAUGUACAGGAUAUAGAUCGGAGCCUCUUGAGCAUUCAUCAAUGUGAGGGGUGUUGUGCUAGACUUUUAAUUAAAUUAUUAGCAUCUAUAGUGAUUAUGUGGAGUAGCAUUCAAUGCCUGUGAAAGGCAUCUGCUUCAUAGCAGAUGCUGGUCUUUUAAAAUCUGAAACCUCUCCAUGCGGAUAGAUUUUUAUUCGGCUAUAUCACAGUUCAUAAUAUGCUUCAUAAACCAUACCAAGUACAAGUUUUUUCCAUGUAACAUGCAGCAAAUUAUACCCUGUUAAAACCUGCAUAGUGCCUUCAUGCUGGCAUCAGGAUGAUGGCAUAUAUCAUAAACAUUUCUCAAAUACAAUUAUUACAUCAAAUCAACCCUUUUAGCAAAACUGUCACUAGAGAAAUGUGUAAAACAGCAUGGGCAUAAAAUGCAGACAUGACAAGUACACACCAUUUAUACCGAGAACUGAGCAAUUGCAUGACCACUGCCACCCCCUUUCCUCCAGAAUGCUUCUGGAGGUUCCCAAACGUAUUGUGCAAUAUCAAUUUGACCAGCCCCCAUUUCUCAAUGCAAAGCCAUGGUAUUUAAAACAAGUUGAAAAGGGGACCUGCCUAUGACUUUUAGAAAGUCUGUAUUUGCAUGCUGAUUGUUUUGGAUUUUUGGGAGUGGUCUAGAGUCCCAGGGAAAAGACUUGAAGUAUGAAAUACCACCUAAGUGCCUGCACUUCUAUGCCCUUGUUUUACACUUCCCUUUAAUUCUUACUAUUGAAACAUUCAAGUAUUUCCUAAAUCAUGAUCACAUUUGAUAAAACAAUGUAUGGAAAGUUUUAAUAUUUUUAACUGGCAGAGCAAUGCCAAAUGGGCACAAAACUAUUGUAUUCACUUGCAUUUUUAUUUUUGUCAUUUAGGGCCUGUUCACCCCUGUACAUGCACAUUAGGUGCGGGGCAGUAAAAAAAAAAAAAAAUCCUGAUUGCUGCAUCUUUCAUGUGCUUUCGUCAAAAAGCACAUUAUAUAAAGUUCAAUGCUAAUGCACCUAAAGUGCCCUGCACAGAUGUGAACCCAGCCUUAGGGCCCUUUUAUGCCCCUGCUGAUCAGAGCGGGGCGGAUGACAGGUCCGUCUCCGCUCUGUCUCUUUGCUGUAUUGGCAGCUGGGAGUAAAUGGUGAUGUCCAAAACUCUGUUUACACCCGGCUCUCUCUGAUCUGGCCUACCUGAACAGAAGAGGACUCGGUAGUCCUAUUUUAUUUUUAGUGGGCCUGUUUGGACUGGGAGGGAGGCGAAUGUAAACAGACAGUCCAUUCACAUCCAGCGGUCCAUAGGAAUGCAGGAACCUCCCACUCAGUGCUGUCUGAAAGGGCCCUUAAUCAUGUAACAUGUUGCGAGAUAAAAAUGUUGGAUGACUGUUUUUGUAACAGUGUAGCAUACGGUCUUAAACAUGAAAUGUCACGUU